GCCAAACGCAAAAUGCAACCAUGCGUUACGAAUGUCAACUAAACAGAAGAAAAACACGUUAAACAAAUGAAAUUGCAGGCGGCCGGCAGAAUUUCCUAGCAACGAAAAAACAGUCCGAUUUGUAGAAAUUUUCAGGCACAAUUUUAAAAUAAAUCGCUCGCUGGAAAAAUAUUUGUGAAAAAUGGCAGAUGGCGAUAAGAUUGAAGUGCGUGAUAUAACACGUAUUGAACGCAUUGGCGCGCACUCGCAUAUACGCGGUCUGGGUCUGGACGAUGUGCUGGAAGCGCGUGCUGUAUCACAAGGCAUGGUGGGUCAGAAGGAUGCUCGCCGCGCUGCCGGUGUUGUAGUGCAAAUGGUGCGUGAAGGUAAAAUCGCUGGACGUUGCAUAUUGCUCGCUGGUGAGCCAAGUACUGGUAAGACAGCAAUUGCAGUAGGUAUGGCACAAGCGCUCGGAACAGAGACACCAUUCACCAGCAUGUCUGGUUCGGAAAUAUACUCGCUGGAGAUGAGCAAAACAGAAGCUCUCUCGCAGGCGCUGCGCAAGAGCAUUGGUGUGCGCAUUAAAGAGGAGACUGAGAUUAUUGAGGGUGAGGUAGUUGAAAUCCAAAUUGAUCGGCCAGCAACUGGCACGGGUCAAAAGAUUGGAAAGGUUACUCUGAAAACCACAGAAAUGGAGACAAACUACGAUUUGGGCAAUAAGAUUAUCGAAUGUUUUAUGAAGGAGAAAAUUCAAGCAGGCGAUGUUAUAACAAUCGAUAAAGCUUCGGGCAAGGUAACCAAAUUGGGUCGUAGUUUUACACGAGCACGCGAUUAUGAUGCCACCGGGGCACAAACGCGCUUCGUGCAGUGCCCUGAAGGUGAACUACAGAAGCGCAAGGAAGUCGUGCAUACCGUGACUCUACAUGAGAUCGAUGUCAUCAACAGUCGUACACAUGGCUUCCUCGCACUAUUCUCAGGUGACACAGGGGAAAUCAAGCAAGAAAUACGCGAUCAAAUAAACAAUAAAGUGCUCGAGUGGCGGGAAGAGGGCAAAGCUGAAAUAAAUCCAGGUGUACUCUUCAUCGAUGAAGUACACAUGCUGGAUAUCGAGUGCUUCUCCUAUCUCAAUCGUGCGCUCGAAUCCGACAUGGCACCCGUAGUUGUGAUGGCCACCAAUCGCGGUAUCACGCGCAUACGCGGCACCAACUAUCGCAGCCCACAUGGCAUACCGAUCGAUUUAUUAGAUCGUAUGAUUAUCAUACGUACAGUACCCUAUUCGGAGAAGGAAGUUAAAGAAAUAUUAAAAAUUCGUUGCGAAGAAGAAGAUUGUCUCAUGCAUCCGGAUGCGUUGACCAUUUUAACGCGCAUUGCCACUGACACUAGUCUACGUUAUGCGAUACAAUUGAUUACCACAGCGAAUUUAGUGUGCCGACGACGCAAAGCCACAGAGGUAACCACUGAGGACGUGAAGAAAGUUUACUCAUUGUUCUUGGAUGAGAAUCGCUCGAGUCAAAUAUUGAAGGAGUAUCAAGAUGAAUAUAUGUUUAAUGAGAUACAGGAUACUAACGAGUGUGAAGUUGUGACAAAACGAGAAGACGCUGUUGGUGGUGAUGAUCAACCAAUGGAACACUAAAUUAUAGUGAAAGAAAGAUGGGAAUUUUAAUGAAGUCUACUUGCAUACAUUCGAGCACACUUGAACUUUGAGUUAAAUUAAAAAAAAAGCACUGCAUUGUUUUAUGAUAAUAAAAAUAUGUAGUCUAGAAAGGCUUUCAAUAGAUGGUUUGGUUAGGGGCUAUGACUGUUAUGAAGGCACAUAACAACAGUGAAAUUUCACGCCUAUCAAUUUCCCAAAGUCAAAUAAGUAAGUAAUACAAUUUUUUGGUGUAUUAGAAGAAAAUUGGCUUAUUUAUUUUACGAAUUGAUCCAAUGUUAAUCCCAUUUUUAUCUUAAAAAACCGUUCACAGUUUGGUGCAUUCAUACAUUUCAUAUGUUUGUAUGUAAGUACGAGUAUUAUGUGAUCGGAAAGUAAUAAACAGUUCAGAUAUAUUUCUUAGUUGGUUAAUUGAAGUCAACGAUUGUAAAUAUUGUAUAUUUUACUAUGCUUCUCCACUGACGUUCAACAACUACACUAAUUGCUUAAUUAAAGAGUUUGGUUGCAUUGAAACUUUUAAUAAUUAUUAUUCGAAUACAUGGUUUUUUUAUUCAGAAAAUUAAGUAUUUAACUUAUGCAAGAAAACGUCUAUUUUCGUCAGCUAAAAAAUAUAUUUAUGUAUAAACUAUUAGGCGUGCCUGAGAUUUGUAUAAUAUAAAAUAAUUCAAUGUGUUAUAAUAGACUUUUACUGACUAGAAGGAUGUGCCACUGUCAAAUACAAAAAAAUACUAUUCUUUAAAAUUAUACAGCUUUUCUGACAAUGAUAUCGGAAAAAAUUGCCUCAAGUUUAAAAUAUUGCUAGUAAUAAGCUUCUUGCAUUUUGGUGAAAACCACUUACUGGAAAUUAAACCAGCUGAUUUUUUAAUACUUAAGUUAACAGAACCAAGGUAGGCAGCCAAUGCGCUUAUAUAAAAAA